UAAAGAGAGAGGGAGGGUGAGAGGAGAAUGACAGAUCUAGACAAACAAGCCUAGCCUGAACACUCUGAACUGAAGCAGCAACAGCGCAGUUCUUCGCCAAAGACAGUUUGUGGCACUGUGUAAACAGAAGAUGUGACAGAAGGAGGUGUACACAUCUAACACACGAUGGCUGCUCCCCAAGUUAUUCCCAGGAGAAUGUCAAAGUCAAUCAAAGUACCACCAAAUGAUACAGCUGCUUACCCCGGUCCCACUGUAAAUGGAGGAGUGAAAACAGAUACACAUCUGAUCCAAGCACAGAGAGAAGUUGAGUUGGUGAAUCACUGUUUUGCUGAUGUGGAGCGUUUCAUGGCCCGUCUGCAGGUGACAGCAGAAGCUCUUGAGCAACGGAGCAUGAAAAAGAGUCGCAAAAAGAGCAGCAAGAAGAAUAAAAAACAGGAUGAUGGCCUUCUCACACAAAGGGCGACCCCACCAUCGGAACAGGAGUUUGUGGAUAUAUUUCAGAAGAUUAAAUAUUCUUUCAGUCUAUUGGACCGCCUAAAGAUGAAAAUCUCAGAGCCAUCCUCAGAAGAACUCUUGCACCACGUCUUCAUCCCUUUGCACUUGAUGGUGAAGACCACAGGUGGUCCUAAGUUGGCAGCAACAGUCUCCAGCCCCGCUCUGACCAGUGGAGCGAUCUCUCUGCUACAGCAGAAUCUAAACAAACAAGAGAAACAACUUUGGAUGUCACUCGGGCCAAACUGGACCCUGCCAUACUCUCAACUCAGUGAGACUGUGCCUCCAUACAAACCUGUCUUUCUGGAUGGUUGGCAGCCUAUGGUCAUAGAUGCGUAUGGACAACCAAUCGAGGACCCCAUAGAGUCCCAGCACAAACAUGAAGCUCUUAUACAGACUCAACCGGCACGUCUAACUGUACACCAUGAACAUGAUGGGAUGGGAGACUCUCUGCCUCCUCAUGACGAAAGGAUGUAUCGCUGCAGUUAUGACUUUGUAGCACGAAACAGUAGUGAGCUCUCAGUCUUACAGGGAGAAACUCUAGAGGUGUUAGAGUCAACAAAGCGAUGGUGGAAGUGUAAGAAUGAUUAUGGUCAGAUUGGUUUUGUUCCACACAAUAUCCUCGAGCCAAUCAAUCACGCAGAAGUUGACUCUUCCAACAUAGUAAUGCGCAACCAGUCCAUGAAAGCUCCUAUCUCUCCUCCGAGAGCAAUCUCUUUUUAUGGUGCACCCAAUUCCUCAGGCGAAAAAGCAGUCCGCCCUGAUCCACGCCCACACAGUAUGCCGCCAGCUGGAGAUGACGGAGGGAAAGUAAUAUUGAUGAAUGAUGAGCUCUUGCAGCGACUGGCCAAUGGUAGAACAGCAUCAGUACGCCCAGUAGUAAUUAAUAAAGCGAAUGACACAACGGCACCACUGGACUAUCACUCUUCCUCAGCUGAGGUUCAGGAAUGGCUCAGGGCCAAAGGCUUCAACAAUUACACUGUAAACAGUCUGGGUGUCCUGACAGGAGCUCAGCUCUUCUCUCUGAAUAAGGAGGAGCUGCGUUCCGUUUGUCCAGAAGAGGGCAUCAGAGUCUACAGCCAGAUCAUGGUGCAGAAAGCACUGCUGGAGGAUGUGCGGAAGGCCACUGAGUUGGAGGCCAUAAUGAAGAAACAGAAGAUGAAAGUUGAUCUGAAAGCAGAGGGUGGAGAAUUUUAAUGGAUAUUACAUUCACUCACACAUUCAGACAAGCAUUUAUGCUAACAGACAGGUGUGGCAUGAAUCAAGAUCUUUUUAACCAUAAUGAUCUCUGUUGAUUUUAUGUCAUUGAUAAUAUAUAUAUUUCAUCAUUACCACUUAACUCAACAUAUAUAAAUUCAACCCUGUAUAUUCCUUUAUGUAUUGUAUUUUAAUGAUAAAUAAAAUUAUUGGAAAAUUGAAAAUA